AGCCAGGCAGCUGGCACAGCUGGACUUUGAGCCGCUUAUCGGGUGCUGGAGGUGCCGGGAGGGGAGCGGAGGUGCCGGAGGGGUGUGGAGAUGUCGCCUGCAAGGGUGUGAAGGGCUACACCCAGCUGUGUCACCCCUCUGCCAGGGGCACCGUGUGGGUGCAGCCCCUAAACCCCUCAGGGUGACCCAGUGGGUGCUGCCCCGCUGGCUGCCAAGCCCUGCUACCUGUCACGGUGUCGGGGUGCCCUCCGGUAUUCCAGGGGUGCAUGAAAGGCCCUUUUGUCCCUCCUGCCGCGGGCAGGGCUGCGGCUCGCUGCCAGGGCGGUGGCACACGGUGGCACACGGUGGCUUCCUGCCCGGCCCGGCCCCGCCGUCCCCGCCCUUUGCCCAGCCCCGCGUUAAUGAUCCACCAGCCCCGGCAGCCAGCGGCGUGGCGGCAGCGGCAGCAGAGCCGGGGGUCCUUGGCACGGGCGGCUCGGGGGGGCUGGCGGCUCCUGCCCAGCCCCGGAUAAGAGCGGCUGCGGGCAGUGCCCAGCGGGCAGAGCGGCCGCACCAUGGCCACGCUGAACCUGCGCGCCCUCACCUCCUGGGUGGGCAUCGCCCGCCUCCUCGCCGUGGUGCUGUCCUGCCUCUCCUUCAGCCUGGUGGCCUCCACCAGGGACUUCGGGAAUCCCUACGGGACGUGGUGCAUGUUCUCCUGGUGCUUCUGCUUCGCCGUGACGCUGCUGGUGCUGCUGCUGGAGCUGCUGGAGCUCUACCCGCUGCUGCCGCUCUCCUGGGAUGACUUCACCUCGGCUUUCUCCAUGCUGGCCGCUCUGAUGGUCUUCACCUCCUCGGUGGUGUUCCCUGCCACGUUAAUCAAGAGCCCCUGCAACAACAGCAAGUGUGCCCGGCAGGCCGUGGCCACCACCUCCUCCUGCCUCUGCUUCGUCGCCUACGCCCUCGAGGUGUCGCUGACCCGCGCCAAGCCCGGCGACAUCAGCAGCUUCCUCUCCACCGUGCCCGGGCUCCUCAAGGUCUUUGAAGCCUACGUGGCUUGCCUGAUCUUCUCCCUGCUGGAGACGAGUGAAUACACUAAGGGAUCUGGCCUGAUGUGGUGCGUGGCUGUCUACUCCCUCUGCUUCAUCUUCACCCUCCUCAUCAUCAUCUUCACCAUCGGCCGCUGCCUCAGCUACAUCCCCUGCCAGCUGGAGAAGGUGCUGGUGGGCUACAACGCGCUGGCCCUGCUGAUGUACCUCACUGCCAUGGUCGUGUGGCCCCUCUACAGCUUGGGGGGCCGGGGCCGCCCCGAUCCCUGCUACUCGGACUGCUGGUGGAACAAGAACCUGGGGAUCACCUUCCUCACCAUCUUCAACCUCAUCGCCUACUUGGUGGACCUGGUCUACUCCACCAGGAUGGUUUUCUUCAGGGCGCCUCCCUAAGGGCUCGGGGCGGGGCUGGGGGCGGUGGGACGCGGCUGGUGCCGGCGGAGCUGAGGAAGGGGCCGGGUGCCUCGGAGAGCUCCUUGUGCCCAGGCAGAGAGCCAGGGGUGAGCCGGGGGUGAGCCGGGGGUGCGCUCAGCCCGGGGCCCCAGGGGCUGCACAGACAGGGGGGCUGGAGGGGCCACCAGGGGCUCCCGGAACCACGGAGCUUGAGGGGGCUUUGGGAUUAAAUUGGGUCAUUUUUCA